AUGAAUAAAGCUAUGGAAGAAAGUGUUGCUCUAUUGAAAAACAAUAAUGUCCCAAAUGCUGAACAAGGUGUAAGUUACAUAGAAGAUCUGAAAAAAAAGAUAAAGAAUAUAGCUAAUAACGACAAGCAGGACAGGCAGGAGCAUUACCACGGUACAUAUUCGGGCGAGGGCAACUUUACCACGCCUUAUGACGAAAAAAUUGGUGUAGUUGCAGAUGCGCGAAGAAAAAGUGACAAGUACCAUAAAAGGAACAAAAAUAUUGUCGUUGAAAAUAUGUAUAUUGGCAAAACAGACGCUUUUCGUAGAUAUAAGGAAGCAGCUGUAUUAUCAAUGGUCACUGAAAUGUCCACGAAUCCUGUUAGUUCCACUGACACGGCGCAUGAAAAGUUCUACGACAAGGCCGAAAAAGAACUCAACAGUUUGCUGAAUGGUGACUCCACUGGUCAGCAAGUGAAGGAUCGGCUCGAGAGACGGGAGAAAAUGAAAAAACAGCUCGAGGAAUGGGUUAAAACGAGGAUUGAAGAGAAGAAAAGAAUUAAACACUACAGGGAUGAGUUAAAUGGUAAAUUGAGAAAGGUGGAGGCCUGCCCGCUGCGCGGCUUCGGCCCGCGUGUCAACUCUGGGGAGCUCCAGCACAUAACUAAACAAAUCGCACGGUAUCCCUGCUGCAGGAAGUGCUGCAAGAAGUCUUACUUGGGCUGUCUUAAAUAAACAAUCUAUCAAAAAGUUUAGCCGUU